AUGAUUUUAAACGAAACAGAUUCACACAAUAUCGAUCCAAGUGAGUCGCCUUUAGUGUACUUUUGCCCGACCAAACCAAUCUAUACAUGGAUUCUUACUGAAACGGCCGCCGUCUAUGUUUCAAUCACCGCAAAAUCCAUCGCUAGCCCUUUCACUGUGUUGUUAAACCUUUUAAUUAUCGUUGCGGUAUGGAGGCGAAGAGCGUUGCAAAAAAACUCAAACAUUUUGUUAGCUAGCAUGGCCGUUGCGGAUCUUCUAGUAGGUGCGGUUUCCAUGCCUCUAACUACUGCUUUGGAUAUACUUCUCCUCCGUAAGAAUUUGAGCCUUACGAUUUGUAAGAUUGUAGGUGCAAAUCAAAUAGUGCUUUACAGCGCUGUUAGUUCAUCCUUGUAUCAUUUGACUUUCAUUGCCUGGGAUCGCUACGUAGCGAUAAAGAGGUGGAGGAGCUACAAAAUCGUUGUCACAAAGACCCGCCUCAAAAUUUGUGCAGUGAUUGCCUGGCUGUUUGCUGUCACAACAGCUUGUUGUAUACCUAUUUUGUGGGUUGCUGAGGCCGAUCAGAGAGUCAUAGCUCUCUUGAGUAUCUUCUCCGCUGGGAAAACGGUGCUAAGCGUCGCCAUUAUCGGUUAUUUCUACAUCUCGCUUUACUUGUCAGUUCGCAAACUAAAUGAUAACAAAAUCAGCAACGUUUCUGCUCGAGUCAACGCCAGGAUGGAUAGGACCAUCGCCAAAGCGACUAGUACAGUCACAGCGGCUUUGCUAGUCUCGUAUGUCCCUUCAAUCAUCGUUCUUUUCUUUGGAGAUGCUGUUCCUUUUCUUCGUACAAGCUCAUAUUUUCGUUGGUCGCAGUUGUUGAUCCAGAUGAAUUCUCUUUUCAACCCAAUAGUUUACUGCUUUUCCAUGAAUCGCACCUUCAGAAACGAGGUUUUUGAGAUGAUUAACCUGAAUUUUGUCCUAGAGCUUGUAUCACGUCCCAAGUUACCUGUAAAACGGCAUACCAGGAGAAGACGUGAACCGGCUGUGGUCUUAGAGGAAGAAAACGAGUUUCAAGGAGAAAACCAACUGCCUGGCCGCCUUGCCAGAUCGAGAUCAUGUGAUUCGAUUGAGCUUGCUGACCCUUGUCGUCAGCUUCCUGGUGCUGUCGACAGCCCACCACCUGCAACGACUGAAGGAGUCCCGGUCAUUUGCGUCGAAGUUCAUCAGCCCAAUCUCGAGAGAAGAAAGCCACGAUUGCUCCGGUUUCCUGGUACCUCCAAUGAAGUGAAUCUGAGUCAAAGUAAAGAAAGAAGUGACGAAAACCCUUCUAACCGCACCCCACAGCAAAAGAAAGAAAAAACCAUCUCAUCGUGUGGUGAGGACGAUGACAUCUGUAUGGAAACAGACCAAAAGCCGCGGCGAGUGUAA